CCAAUGGACUCAUUCUCAAUAUGGGACUGCUGGAUUCCGAACAAAAGCAGAACAUCUUGAUCAUGUCAUGUUUCGAAUGGGAUUAUUAGCUGUCCUGAGGUCAAAACAGACAAAAUCUACAGUAGGGGUUAUGGUAACGGCAUCGCACAAUCCUGAGGAAGACAAUGGUGUAAAAUUGGUUGAUCUUUUGGGUGAAAUGUUGGUACCAUCCUGGGAGGAACAUGCUACCUGUUUGACAAACGCUGAGCAACAAAAUAUGCUAGUGUUGAUGGACAUCAGUGAGAACAAAGCUGUGAAUCUGCAACAAGAUGCCUUCAUAGUGAUUGGUAGAGAUACCAGGCCCAGCAGUGAGAAAUUUUCCCCGUCUGUAAUAGAUGGUGUGACUGCUCUUGGAGGUCAAUUCCAUGAUUAUGGCUUGUUAACAACGCCCCAACUGCACUACAUGGUGUGCUGUCGAAACACCAGUGGCCAAUAUGGAAAGGCAACCAUAGAAGGCUAUUACCAGAAGCUCUCGGCCUUCAUGGAACUUACUAAACAGGCUUCCUGUAGUGGAGAUGAACAUAGAUCCCUUCAGAUGGACUGUGCCUAUGGCAUAAGGGCCCUGAAGUUAAGGGAAAUGGAGCACUACUUCUCCCAGGGGCUGUCAGUGCAACUUUUUAAUGAUGGAACCAAAGGGAAACUCAAUCUUCUACGUGGGGCCAACUUUGUGAAAAGUCAACAGAAACCUCCACAGGGAAUGGAAAUGAAGUGCAAUGAGAGAUACUGUUCCUUUGAUGGAGAUGCUGACAGAAUUGUUUAUUACUACCAUGAUGCUGAUGGUCAUUUUCAUCUCAUAGAUGGAGAUAAAACAGCAACACUAAUUAGCAGUUUCCUUAAAGAGCUCCUCUCCGAGAUUGGAGAAAAUCUGAAUAUUGGUGUUAUACAAACUGCUUAUGCAAAUGGAAGUUCAACAAGGUAUCUUGAAGAAGUUAUGAAGGUACCUGUCUAUUGUACUAAAACUGGUGUAAAACAAUUGCACCACAAGGCUCAAGAAUUUGACAUUGGGGUUUAUUUUGAAGCAAAUGGGCAUGGCAUGGUACUAUUUAGUAAAGCUGCUGAAACAAAGAUAAGACAACUAGCAAAAGACCUAGAAGAUAAUAAAAGAAAAGCUGCUAAGAUGCUUGAAAACAUCAUUGACUUGAUUAACCAGGCAACUGGUGAUGCUAUUUCUGACAUGCUGGUGAUUGAGGCAAUCUUGGCUCUAAAAGGACUGACCGUACAACAGUGGGAUGCAUUCUACAUGGAUCUUCCAAACAGAUAGCUCAAAGUUAAGGUUGCAGACAGGCAAGUUAUUAGCACCACUGAUGCUGAGAGACAAGCUAUUACACCCCUGAGACUACAGGAGGUAAUAAAUGACCUGGUGAAGAAGUAUAGGCUUUCUCGAGCUUUUGUUCGACCAUCUGGGACAGAAGAUAUAGUCCGAGUAUACGCAGAAGCAGACUCCCAAGAAAGUGUGGAUAGCCUUGCACAUGAAGUGAGCUUGGCGGUAUUUCAGCUGGCUGGAGGAAUUGGAGAAAGACCCUCACCAGGUUUCUGAAGACAAGGGAAAUUUUUUUUUAGUGGUUUUUAGAGUAACAGUACUGUCCUUGUUGUGUCUGGUCCAAACAUAUUUAUAAUGUUUACAGUC